AUUUUCAUCUGUCCGUAAAAUCAUUGCUUGAGAACAUACUUGAUUGUGUUUUACAUUUUUGUUAAUUGAUUUUUUAAAAUUUUUACGGAGUGUUAACCAUCUAAUUGAAAGAUAUACUUUUGAUUAAAAAAAAAACAAAUAAAUAGCUUAACAAACAAAAAUGAGUUACUGGAGAGCAGCCGGACUAAACUAUGUGAACUACUCUAACAUAGCAGCUAAAGUUGUUAGAAGGGUAUUAAAAAGUGAUCUCCAAGCAAGUGCAUGUAAACGCGAUGAGUCACAUGUUAAAUUCACGCCAUGGAUCAAAGGAAAGCCAGCCAAUGAAAAAGCAUAAUCUAUUAUAGACAAUUUUUUAAAACCAGCCAAUAAUAUAUUAUAAUAAAUGUGGUCAAUAGUUUCUUUUUAUUCUUUUGGUUUUUAGAAUGUUCAAUCACAAGUCAAUGUACACAUAAUAUAAAAUAUUUAUAAAAAAUAUACAUAAUAACUGUAGUGA